CUCAUCCUUCCUGUCCUCUUUAUUUUUUAUUUUAUUUUAUUUUAUUUAAUAGUCUAUUUUAAUACUUUAUAUAAAUAUUAACUUACACAGGAAUUGUACUUCUACCACGGCUAAAUACUCAACUCACAAACGACUCACACUCAGACGUUCUCAUUUCAUUUCAUUUCACUUUUGUUCAUCAUUUACCUUCUGCAUCACUCAUGACUACUAUUCAACCUAUUCAACCACGAUGGUUUCAUGCCGCUACACUUGUCAAUACCAUGGUGUAUAUUACAGGAGGCACAACCCGGGAUCAUCAGGGGAAAUUACUUUCCCUAGAUGAGACUCUAAUGCUAGAUUUGACCCAGUCAUGGAGUAUCGACAAUCCUCUUUUCAAAAUAUUGGACACUGCCCGUUUACCCAUACCACUCAGCGGCCAUUCCAUGAAUAAGAUCCAAGGCACCUCUCAAUUAGUGAUCGUGGGAGGAGAGUCCAUUAAUAACAGCAGGAACACCACCAAAAGCAAUAAGAAUAGCACCGAUCCCAUGAAUUCGUCCAUUUUACUUGUAGACACAAAGCACGCAAACACAACCGGCUGGUCAACACUCCUCCUCCAAUACCCUUCUAAUAGCAGUAACAGCAAUAAUACUAAUAAUGAUAACGAUAAUAGUAAUAAUAAUAGUAAUAAUAAUAAUAAUAACAGCACUGGCUCAACAAUGCCUUCCCCAAUUCAUCGCAUGUAUCAUGCCACAACAUCAACUAGGAAGGAUGGAAUCCUCGUGCAGGGAGGAUAUCAGUCGCUGAUUGGCAAUAAUAAUAGGACAAUAGUUUCAUCUUUGGUUACACUGAAACCAAACUUCGAUAAAAGCAGCAUUUCACAGACGACAACAGCAAUCAUCUCUUUAGCUCGGAAUGCUCCAGCAUUAGCGCGACACACCAUGACGUUGACUCCAGAUGGCCGUGCCAUCAUCCUCGGCGGGAUUAAUUCCCAAGGAAUCCUCACCAACUUGACACAGGCUUAUGUCUUGGAUACUCAAGCGGAUGCAACAACUGCAGAGUGGAAAGUAGUACCUCUUUUCGGACAACCCCCGGCCCCACGGAUGGAGUUUACGGCAGUUAUGGUGAACGCAACUACAAUGCUUGUAUAUGGUGGCACUUCGGAUUUCAAAUCUGCAAACUGGGCCACGUUCUAUCUUGAUUUGCCCACUUGGACAUGGACCUCACCAAUGGCACAAGGAAUAACUCCUAGACGAUGGGGACAUACUGCUACUAUGGCUGGGAACGUCAUGGUGGUUGCAUUUGGAUUAAGUUCGCGACAAUCACCUGGCAAUACAACUGUUGUAUUACUAGACACUAGGACCAACACCUGGAUCACUCAAUUCGAUCCUCAAGUCAUGAAUAUUGGCACUGGGAAUUCUGGCAAUGAUGACAGCGACAAUAAUGACGAUGAUAGUGGCGUACAAGAUGUGGAUGGAGAAGGAAAGGGACCUAUGAGCGUAGGCAUGGUUCUCGGCCUUGGAUUUGUGGUCACUCUUGCGAUCGUAGGCGGUGUAUUCUGGUUACUGGUACGGAAGAGGAAACGCAGGACUCGGAAUCAGAGAGCAAAAGAAAACAUUGAUCAGUUUACGACAUCACGAUCUGUAGCAGGAGCAAUUUCGUCAUCAUCAGCCAACCAUCGUAAUGGAGCAAAAGGUUUCUUUGAAGCCUUCAGUCUUGGAACCAUAUCCAACAAUCAGAGUCGUACAGAGCGUGAUGGACGUGGCAGGAAACGGCGAGAUUCGAAACGGUACUCCACUACCUCAGUAAGAACACAGCAUCCACAAUCAAUCUUGGAACGAAUGGCAGAGCUGGGAUAUUCACCCUUACAAUUUGGAUAUCCAGAAUCGGUGAUCCGACAAGGUUCAGGUGGCGUGACAGUGUCGAAUUACAUCUAUCCUAAUCAACCUUGUACACAAAUAGAGAAAGUGGUGACAUGUGGGGGUAAUGAUGGGGAUCGGAAUAGAAAUGAAGUGGAGACCCAGGUAGUGUUUCAUGACCUGUCUUCAGCACAGAAGGAAGCUCUCCGUCUGGAAUUUGAGCAGAGACAGAGGCAAGGAGGGCAUGACCAAGCGCCUAAACACGAGCUACUUCAAUCUAAUGUUGAAGAGUAUGUAUAAUCUAUGUAUUUCAAAAGAACGAAACAGAAGCAGAUGUGAGUUGAUUCCAAU